AUGGCUCAAUCAAAUCCUUCUGCCGAACAUGGUGCCGAGAUCUACAAGGAGAAUGCCGAACCUACUCAGCUGAGCACCAAGGACACCCAGGACGAAGAUACAAUUGCAUUGCGAUACGCCCAGAAGGAGCUUCUCGUCGCCUACGAAUCUCUGGAGCAGCUCCUGGAUGUCAUGCGAAGGGCAGAUAAAGAACAGCUUCAAUCGCUCUUUGCAGCCACGCAGAGUGGCCUUCCACGAUCCGAGAUUUUGGCGAUGGUCAAGCAGUACGCCAAGAGCAUCGAAGAAUCUUCCCCCAAGUGA